AUUGUUUCUGACGUGGGGAAAGAGAAUCGACCAAUUGUAAGACGGCAUUUUAUGGGCCCCCAGAGGGCGCUCGCACGUUAAUCAAACCUUGUUACUUGUACAUGCCAGCUGGUUCAUCGGUCGAUCUCAUAGGAAUACAGCUGUGGCCAUUUUGAUUCAUCAAGACAAAGUGAUUUCAACAAACCAGCAAGAUGCCGACCGAAGUGGUGGACAUUGAAGACAUAAUGAAGGCCUACGCCAAAGAUGUGUUCGAUAGAACGAAGGACAAAGAGCAAAAACGCAUCCCAGAUGAAGCACUGGAAUACACCAUCAACUGGAAGAGAGUCAAAUUCAUCCACGCUGAACCUGUCUACGGGAACGAGACGCGACCAAAACAUCCACAGGCUCAAGUUUUAUUCAAAACGUUUUUCACAAACAACACAGACCGGGAACAAGACUAUUCUUUCCAAACACAGCGAGUGACGAGGUCCUCGUGUAACGUGGAGAUUGAAAGGGGGGUCAUGAUGGGACAAGAGAUGGGCGUUCAGUUACAAACGCCGUGCGAGGUGUUCCAGGCAAACGCGGGCUUCAAACGCGAAAUCACAUUGAAUCGCCUAGAAGGAGAGAUCGCGGAGGAGGAAUUAAGCUGGGGCGUUGACAGUCAAAUCCGCGUAGCACCAAAAAGCCAAACAUUAGCCGAACUCAUCGUUUCGGAAACGGAAUACGGCGGGCACUUCACCAUUCAGAGUCGCUUUGAAGGCAACGUCAUGAUCAGCAUCACGAAUACUAGGGAGAACAACUGCCUUGUGAAAACUGUUGAGGGAAAUGUUGUCAACAUCUUCAAAAGGGAAAUCGAAAAUGGUCUAAAGGGCUUCCGCGUUGAAAAGAACUCGGUCUGCUUCGAAACUAAAGGACGGUGCCAUUUCAGAUACGGUAUUGAGCAGCACGUGAAAUUGAGCCAGCAGCCUCUGAACAACAACGAUGUGCAGUGAUAAGCCAGACGUCGUGAUGGACAGCAUAUACAGCAUGUUUCGUAUUCAGACCCAUGGACGGGAACGAAGAAUCAUUGUGAAUGUAGGUGCAUGAAAUACCAUUCAAGCACAAGUAAAAAAGAAAUGUAUGUAUGUUUCUUUUUAACUUGUGAAGUUCACAAAGGAUAUAUCGCCUCUGGGUAGGCGAAGAUUUACUUUCACAGAGAUAAUAGUUGAAAACUUUAUACGUGCAUACAGGGAUAUUUGACCUAAUCAGUUUGUAAGUAUUUCUAUGCUUUUAAGUUAUAAAUUAUAAUUAAAACGAAACCUAAUUAUACUUUUUGAAAAUGAUAAUUGUUCGAAUUAGCUGUUAUAUAAUAAUAAUUGCAGUGCAAAGGGCACAAAAGUUCAGAGUUAACAUCAAGUAGCCGAUUUCGAUUUCUAAACAUAGACAAAAUAGUGUGAUAGAGUAGGUAGAGUUCGCGAUUGCGAUAGAGAAGACAGAGCGAUUCAGUGCAUUUCAGCGAUAUCAUUUCACCAUCAGCUGCCCUGGCGAGGCACAAAACAUUUCCAUGGAUCAUUUCCGCAUUUGUUGCUAAUGUCUAAUAUUUAUAUUUUAUACAAUCAGUCUCCUUAUGGCUUUAUACGAUGUAAUAAAAUCACUUUUUUGUGAUAGCCAAAUAUU